GGCAGAGUAGGGGUGGAGGAUGAAAUUUUUGUUAUAAGUUUACAUGGUUAGUUUUAUUUUGUGCGUGUUAGAAAGUGAAUACAUUUUGUUGAAUGUCGGCUCAGUGAUCUAGAGGUUAAGUAUUCGCGUGUGCGAGACUGAUAGAUCGUGGAUUGGAAUCUCGUAAGACGAAAUCGUGGAUACGGACUGGUGAGAAGUCCUGUACUAGGACAAAACAAUCGUCUAGUGUUUCCAGGUUUUCUAUGAUGGUCUAGUUUUAAUUGACUCAUUAAUUCAACUAUUAAAUUACAUUUUGUUUCAUUUAUAAAAUUGUUUCUACUUUCUCUUUGACUUAAUUUCUAACUAAAAGAGAGAUUGCCAGUGAAUGGCCUAUGAAACUUUUCUAUUAUAAAUGUAGUCAAUUCAAGCUAAUUACAUUUGAUCGUAAUAAUAAUAAGGCAGAUGUUGAUUAUUCACAUAGAAAUGAAGCAGAAAUUAAGUACGAGUACAAUUGACUAGGUUAAUUUGUAUGUAAAUAACCUGGUAUAAGUCAGUAAUUUUAAUUGAUUAAUAAAUAUUUAAUUAUUUCAUAUUGAUGUAACUUAUUUACUCGUAGUAUGUCCACGCAUUUGAACUGACGAAUGAAAGGAUUUACAGAUCACUAAAUUAGUAAACAUUUCUAAAUUUAGUCUAAUGUUGAUAAUUUCACAGGUUGAAAUCAUGAGUCAAUUGAAGCUAGACCACCGGAAAACCUGGAAGCCCUGGACGGCCGUUUCGUCCUAGUAUGGGACUCCUCAGCGGUGCGCAUCCACGAUCCAUUCUGAUAAUGUUGAUAAUGACAUGACCAUUUAUUGAUUUUUGUCUAUACACGUAUCUUAGCAAAGUUUAUCCACCUAGUUUAGAUCAAAUGAUUACAUUUCACAGAUUAAUAAAUCGUAUUAGCAAAGUAUAUUUAUUUACCUGGAAGACUUACUUCUCCACCAUCUCAAAGACUUACUUACUUACGCCGCUUCCUCCUCGUGGAGGAACAUAGGCCGCCCACCAGCACUCUACAUCCAACCUCGUCCUGGGUAAUCCUUUCCAGUUCUUCCCAGUUUUAUUCAUCCUUUUCAUAUCUGCUACUACUUCCGAUGUAAUAUGUUCUUUUGCCUUCCUCUUUUCCGCUUACCUUCGGGAUUCCGAGUCAGGGCUUGUCCGUAGCUCUUUUGGAGUUACUGCCGGUCCCAAGCCCGGGUAAAUGAGGAGGAUUGGCAUGAUGUCAGCAACCCCAUUCCGUAGAACAAAUCUUGCUAAAAAAAACGCCAACCAGGUUAAACAAAUUAAACCAUUUAAACUCUGCCCUGGGAGUUGAAGGAAGAAUUAUCAUGCCUCAAGAUGAAAGCCGAAAUUCUUCGGAAAUCACGAGGCCGAUGCCCCUUCUAACAAUCAGAAAGACUAGAAUAACUUAAGUACUUUUAUUAUCAUUAACAUCAUCUUUAGGAGUAACAUCUUGUCUUUAAUUCAUAUUAAUUUAAGUUUUAAUAUACAAUUAUAUGCCUUCAAAAUUAUUUGUCAAAGUUGAAACAAUCCAAAUGUUUUGUACUUUAAAUUUGUCUCUUAUCUGUUUUCGUUAAUGUUAUUGUUUUUAUUUUGCAUGUUACUCUGCAAUUUACGUCUACAUGCAAACUAUGCAUUAAUUGAAGAAAUCUUGUAUUUUGUUGUUGAGACUAGUUCCAUCAAUAUUAUACGUGCACACACACACACACACUUAUGUACACAGACACACACAGACAGACACAAAAGACUCGCACAUUUAUAUGAUUAUAUAUAAGAACAAAUAUCAACAUUGUUCUUUGGAUUCAAGUACACUAGUACGUAAAUUCAUUUCAUAAAUGUCUAUUUCUUUCUUUCCAUUAGUUUAAGAAAUUUCAUAAUCACCAAUCUCUUAUCAAAUCAAUUCAGACAUACAAUUUGUAUGAAGUGUGUGUAUGUGUGUGCACACGAUGGAUAUUCGUUUAGAUUUGUUUAUCAGUCAGUCAUUGAUUAUUUCUGCUGCUCGCGUAGAGUAUUUAACUCCGUCUAAUUCAUCGAACUGGACUAUUUACUCUUUUUUUUAAAAUCAGUGUCUUGUUUUGUUUAUUCAUUAUCAAUUUCUUUUUCGAGUUUAAUGUAGAUCCAAUUACAAACAUACGCAUAUUUGUGCGUAUCUAAGUUCGUGUCUAUUCGAAUGCUUUUUUGCUUGUGUUAACAUGACUGAGUGAGCGAACGAACGAAUCAUUCAAUCAGUAUAUGGUAUGUAUAUCAGAAAAUGUCAUGUAUAAGCAAAAUGGCACAUGAAUAACAAGCAAAUAAAUGUGUGCUUACGUGUCAAUGUAUGUUUUCGCUUGUAUGUAUUGAUAUUGAACAAACAAGAUAUAAGUGUAAAGGAAGGAGCAUUCUCAGUUUGCUUCAAGGCUAAUAGUAAAACACUGAUGAAUAUAUACAUAUGUACGUGUAAAUGGAUAGAUAUCUAUGGAUUCAUGUUCUUAUCUACCUAACUGAUUAAUAUUAUCGUUAACCCUAACGGUAAAAUCAUUUGAUGAUAUAAUAUUAAUAAUAAUAACACUAUUUCAUAUGGAUUAUGAUUUAAUUCCAGAUACAUCAGGUGUUUUGAUGAAUGUGGAAAAUUCCCAACAUACAGACAGUGCAAUACAUACUUUAGUUAGUAAUAGUAAUAAUACUACUAUUGCUAUUACUGGUGUGAAUACUACAAAUGCUGGAAAUGACGAUGCAGAUGUAACAAUGUGUAUAUGUCCAGUUUGUGGUUUCUCUGCAUCAUCUCCACGUAGACAAGAUGAACAUAUGGAACUAGUACAUGGUGAUGUAACAGUAUCUAAUAUUUUAACAACCAGUAAUUUAACAUCAAUCACACCACCAACAUCAACUAUGAUAACAAUGAAUCAAGAGAAUUCUGACAGUCCUAAAUCAUCUAUAAAAUCUAUGAAAUUAGAUUGGCCCUUAGAAAUGAAUAAUUCAACAUCUUUUGAUUUUUUUCAAUCACAUCAACCAACAAUGAAUUUACAACAACAAAAUUAUCACUCAUAUAAUUCGUUUGCAUUACAAGCAUCAUCUACACCACAACGUGUAAAAUUUUGGUCAGCCGAGCCGGAACAAAUCAAUUCAUCAUUAACAACAACAAGUGAACAAAUGCUUAAAAAUCAAAAGUUAGAUACUGUAUAUAGUAAAAAUCAUAGUAACUGUUGCCUUACUACUACUACUACCACUACUACUAAUACUAACACGAAUAGUGUGGGAGGGACUAUUGAUAAAUUUAAGAUAAUUUCCACGAAUACUGGUAUUAAUCCUGGUACUACAAGUACAACUUAUACUAUUGCGACGAUAACAACGACUUGCUCAAACAACUCAUCAUCAUCAACAUCACCAUCUACAACAGAGUUUCAUUCAAAAUUCAAAAGUUCAAAAAUGACAAACAAUAAUAAUAAUGAGAUUAAAAAAUCUGAGAAAUCUCGAUCAUAUUCAUCAUCAUUGAAAAAUGGUAAAUCUAAGGAGAAACAAAAAUGUUUCUCACUAUCAUCAUCAUCGACAUUAUCCUUAUCAACAUCCUCAUCACCAUCUUCAUUGUUAUCCGUAACAACAUCUCCAUCGUCUAUUACAACAAUUACAACCACAACAGGAACGGGAACAGCGACUAAAGUAAUCACAGUUGGAGAUGAUGAUGACGAUCGUCAUCAUCCAGUUGUGAAGAAAGUCGAUUCAAGAAGACGUUAUCGAUGUAACAUUUGUCCAACAACAUUUCCAUGGCAUGGUGAUCUAACAGAACACUUACGCUCUGUGCAUGGAAUGCAAAAAUCACGUGAAAAUGCACGUAAUGGUAAAGCUGGAAGUUUUUGUUGUAGUCAUUGCAAAUAUGUUGCAAAAUAUCAAAGUGAAUUAAAUCGUCAUAUGCGAUUACAUUGGGGUGUUAAACCAUUCAUAUGUGUUUUUUGUCCAUAUCGUAGUGCAUGGAAAGGUGAUUUAAAACGUCAUAUGGAAUCACAUCAUAGAGAACGUUUUACAUGUGAAACAGAAUUAAUUAAAAUUAUGUCACAAUUUAAAAAUAACGCUGGUACAAGAACAUCAGCAGCAGCAGCAUCAUCAUCAAUGACUAGUGGUUAUGGACAUACUUCCACAUUGCCUAUUUCACAAUUUGAUAUAACAACAGAAAGUAGUGAAGGUGAUAAUACAAGUGAUCGAUACAAUUGUUUACAUAUUGAUGAUGAAGAAGAAAAUAUUAUAAUUACUACUACUAGUACUACUACUACCACUACCACUACUACUACUACUACUCAUGAUAAUAAUAAUAGUAGUAAUAAUAGUCUUAGUAUUGAUGUUGAAAAUUCAGAUGACAGUUCCAAUGAAAGUGAUGAUAAAAUGAACUCAAUUGUUAAAUCAUACUCACGUAAACAUUCAUUAAAAACUAAUUACUCACUAUUACAUAAUGAAUCAAACAGUAUGGAUACUAUCAAUAAUAUCAAUGGUAAUACUAAUAGUAGUAUUAAUAGUACUGUAAACCUUACUAAUACUAUGAUAAAUAAUUAUCUACCUCAAAUGACAAUAGCUGAAAAUAGUUUAAUCUGUCAUAUUUGUUCAUAUCAUGCACAAAAUCAAAGUAAAUUCAAAAAUCAUAUGGCUAGUCAUAUAAAUUUAAAACAAUUUAAAUGUCCAAUCUGUGGACAACGAAGUAAUUAUAAAUGGGAUAUUACAAAACAUUUAAAAAAACAACAUCCAAAUAGUAAUCAAUUACCAAUUACAAUAAUCAAUAAUAAUAUAGAAACAAUUGAUGAACAAUAUAUGAAUACAUCAAUUGGAUCAAUACCAAUCUCUUUAACAAUGUAUUCAACAACAACAACAUCAUCAUCAUCAUCAUUGCCUAUGACUUCAUUGAUCAAUUCACAAUCUUGUACUUCACAAAUACAAUCAUGUAUAUUACCAAGUCAAUCAUCAAUUGUUUCAUUGAUUCCAAUAACACAACCAUUAACAGUAUUCUCUCGACCACAGAUCACAUCCACAACACAAUCAUCAUUAACAUCAUCAACAACAUCACAUUUAUCAUGUUUAUCUGGAAUUUCACCAAAAUCCAAUGAAAUGAUUUCAUUAGAUAUUGAAUGUAAAAAUUAUUCAAAAAUUUCAGAUCAUCAAAUGACAUCAAAUGAUCCUUUGAAUUUAAUUGCAUAUUCAUCUAUAAAACAAUUAUCAUUAACAACAUCAUCAUCUUCAUCAAUAGCAGCAUCACCAUCUAAGAAUUCUUCAUUAAUACAAAAUGAUGAAGAUGAUGAUAUAUUAUCAGUGAAUGAUUCAUUACCAAUUGAUCUAUCAAUUGGAUAUCCUCAUAAACAUGAUGAUAUUAAGAACCCUAUACUACUUACAAAUACACGUCCAUCAUCAUCGGAAUUAAUGUCAAAAAUUUCAUUCGGAAACAAUCAUCAUUAUGCUUAUCCGAAUUUUUCUGCAGAGUCAAAUAAUAGUAUUUAUUCAGGAACGAAAUGUUUUACCACGACGACAACAACAACCAUAGCAUCUCCUAGUAUAAUUACUUCUAAUUCUACUAUUACGUCUGACAAUACAUUAUCGGAUACAAGAUUUCAUUAUCCUAUUUUAUCUAAUUCACAACAGAAUAUUACGUAUAAUAUUACUAAUACUACUACCAGUAAUACUAAUAAUACUUCAGUAUCACCGUAUAUAAUUGGUUCAUUAAUUUCUGACCCAUUAAAAAAUAAUGCAUCAUCAAAUCCAACGAUUAAUUUGCUAUUCAAUAUUCAACAACAGGUUUUAAUGACUGGUCUCUUACAAACAUGGCAACAACAACAACACAGUCAAAGGUAUCACGAAUUAAAGCAACAACAACAGUCAGAACAAUACAAGAAUUUAACUAUGCAUUAUGAUACACAUGGAGGAGUAACAACGUAUUCUGACAAUAUUAUUAGUAUGACAUCACCUACUACAUCCACAAUACCGACAAACCUUUCGCCUAGUAGUAGUAAUAAUAAUAAUAAUGUAACACAAAUUACUAGGACAGUAACUGCUUCGAAUACAACAUUUAGUGGUACUGCUACGACUAAUACUGUCACUAGUACUACAAUGGCUACGUCUAAUAUACCAUAUCAUACAAUAUUUAGAUCAAUUGCAAAUCAUCAAUUAUCCGGAUUAUUACCAUCAUCGAUUACAACAACAAUUCAAUCACAAAUGAAUGAAAAUUUAAAUAUUGAUUUUACUAAACAUAAUAAAUUAAAAAAUAAUCAAUUAUCAAUGAAUUGGGAAAAUAUAAAAUCCACAUCAGAUUGGUCUAUACCAUCAAAUAUUGAUUCAUUAGAAUUAUCGAAUAAUUUACAAAAUCAAAAUCAAUCAAAAAAUCAAUUACAUGUUAAUCGAUUUUUUACACCAGGUAGAAGAAAAGAAUCUCAUCGUUUAUUAACUAGAAAUAAUACAGGACGUAAAUCUGCACCAGUUACUAGUUUAUUUAAUUGUCACUUAGAUGAGAAUAAUCCUAUUUGUACUGUCACUAAUAUAAGUAACAACAAUAAUAAUAAUAAUAACAAUAGUACUACUACUAAUAAUAGUAAUAAUAAUAACAAGGAAGAACAAUGGAAACGAUUUCAAUGUUCAGGUUGUGGUCAUCGAUCCAAUUGGAAAUGGGACAUAAAUAAACAUAUUAAAGUUGCACAUCCAGAACGUACAAACAUUAUAACAAUUACAUUAGAUUUAGAAGAUGCUAAAAGCACGUAUAAUGAAUAUAUGAAUCGAAUGAAAUUAUCACGUAAUCGAUAUUUAACUGAAACACAUUCAGAUAUAUCAACAAAUUCCAAUCCAUGGAUAACUUGUGUUGGAUUGACUGGAACUACAAGUAUUAGUACUACUACUGCUACUACCACGAUUACAACAACUACAGGUGAAGGUUAUUACAGACCAUUUAAAUGUUCUGUUUGUGGUCAUAGAAGUAAUUGGAAAUGGGAUGUCGGUAAACAUAUAAAACAAAUUCACAAUGGAAAUGGAGAAGUACAGACAUUGAGUUUAGAAGAAGCUAGACGAACUAUACAUCAAUAUAAAAAUCGAAGACGUCAGCAUCAUCAUCAUCAUCAUCAAAAUCGUCUUAGUGAUUUAACAAUUAAAUGUGAACCAAGCUUUUGUAGUUCAUCUGAAUCAAAUAUUAAUCUAUCACCUAUAUCCUUAUCCGUUGGUGAAGGUAUUGUCGAUUUGCCUGUUUCAUCAACCUCUUCCUCUUCUUCCUCCUUCUCGUCAUCCUCAUCAUCUUCUUCAACAUCGAAACAAAUUUUGCAUAAAAAUGAUGAAGAAGUAAAAAUUGAUUAUACCAUUAAUAAUAAUAAUCAUCAUCAUCAAGAUAAUAAAUUUCCUUUAUCUUUUGAAUGUAGUCCACUUAAUUUAACUACUAAUAAUUCAAACCCAAUAAAAAUGACAAAAUCAUUAAAAUGUCAUAGGAAUAAAUCAAAAUCAUCUAUUCUUCAUAGAAACAAUCGACUAUUCAUUAAAUUUGGAUGUAAAUUUUGUUCAAUUAAAUUAAAUUCAUGGAAAUCUAUCAUAUUUCAUGUUUAUAUGAAACAUUGUCAACAAUUAACGGUUCCGUUGACAACUUGUAUUAAUAAUAACAAUAAUAAUAGUAAUGAGUACCCCUUAAAAUAUUUCCCUGUAAGAUUACGAUUUAUCAAUGAAUCUACAAAUCAUAAUCAAAUUGAUUUAAAACCUUUAAAAAUUUUAAAACAUCAUUUUAAUAAUUUAAAUCAACAAAUGAAUUUUAUAAAUAAAAAUAAAUUAAAAUAUUCAAAUGAGGUAAGAUGAUUUUAGUGUAAUAUCAUAUAAUUAUUAUGUAAUUAUUAGUAAUAUGAUAUGUACUACUGAUAUCAAUAGAUAUAAGUAGUAUGUAUCAUUAAUCGAAUGUGAAAUGUCUGAUGGUAAAAGGUUAAGAAGACUAAGGGAAUAAGAACGACAAUAGAGAUUGAUUGGUAUGGAAAUAAAGGAAUAGUCAAAUGUUAAACAAUUGAUUGAUAUUUUGUAAAUCAAUUAUUUACUGGUACGGCGGAGAGUGGGGAGAGUCCGCCCUCCCUCUCGAAAUGCUCUCACAUGGCCACGCGUAUAUAGCCUCUGCCAUGGAAAUCCUACUCACUGCCUUCUCGUGGCGGGGAGGACGAAAAGCGAAUGUCCGGUGCUUUAACCGGAUUCCAAACCAAUGGUGAACAUGAGCUCCAGUGUCCUGAAGGAACAAAUGGCGUAUGAACCAAUCGUUGGUCACCCGCUUCCAUAGGACUGGAUUUCCUUACGAUGCUCCACUGCCGUGUGGUUCACAUCUUCGGUUUGGGCACCCGGCUCCCACACAUAUCGAAUGAGAUUUAUGUGUCGCGUAUGUAUUUGGUGCCUCCUUGUACCAAUAUCUAUGUUAAAAUAAAUAAAUAAAAACUGUAUGAUUCACUUGGUAUUAUUUUACUUGGAUCUUCCCAUUGUUAUUUAGGAUUACAAUUGAUCAAUCUCUUGGCAUAUAUGUGCAUACUGUGAGUACUGUCUCGAUAUUGUCUUAAUUUACAAGUAUUAUAAGCAUAGAUGGAUAAUGGAUAGCGGUGAAAUCCAAGUACUGGAUUCGAGUUUUAGGUAUAUCCAGCUGACGAGUCCCAAAUAGGACGAAACACGCGUCCUGGAUUCCACUGCUUGCCCAAUAUCCAUCUUUAUUUACUGUAUGGUUCUCAGAUUUUAUUAAGAUGUUUUGAAUUUUUUGUUCAAAUAUGUUAGGUUGUCCCUACUGGUGUACUCAUUCACUACAGUAAUACUAUUAUGACCAAUAAUAAUGUUAAAUCUCAAAAUAACAGAGAUUUAUAGUUUAGUUGGUGUCUUUUAGUGUUGUUCAGUUCUUUGAGCUGUAUAGGGUCUAAUUCCACUGAGCUUUUAUUGAUGUCUAUUAAAAUUUGUACAACAGAAAUGCCUACUGGUCGGUUAAUAUAUCAUGUGAUAAGCUAACCAAUCAGAAUAUGAUUUAUACAAUGACGUAUUGACCGUUAAUGAGCAGCUUAGCAUACUUAAUAACCUUUUUUACCCUCCUAGCACUGGCUGUUGAGUCCAGAACGUCAAUAAUAGUUCCCACUAUGCGAAUCAUAUAUUUCAAACAUACUUGGUUUAUAUACAAACAAAAUCAGACGACAUCACGCCAUAAAAUAAAAAAUAAAAAUUAUACCAUAUCAAACCAAAAAGUGGCUGUGAACGUGGGAGACUGUAAUCAACAAACUGGACAUAACUUAAGAACAGUAAAUCAUAUAAUAAUGAUCUAUAUGUAAAAAUGAAGCUUAUAAUUAGAGGAAUGUAAAUAUACAUAAUCUAGCUAUUGAACAGUCACACAAUAGGAAUAUAUGUAUUAUAUUAGUCCAUAAAUAAUUCCUAACGGUUACCAGUCAUUUUUUAUCGUCCGAAUGUAACAUGUACGACCCUAAGAAAGAACAUAACAGAUUUUUUACCCUCUAAUAGACUAGACGACGAGUUUAAUAAAAAGUAUACCCAUUUAUAUCUUAAAGCAAUUGAGCAGUAUAUUAUAUUUAACCGAAAUAGAGGAAAUACCUUCAAAAGUUACCCAUAAUUUAAUAAUCUUCACAAAGACAUAACAUCUACAUUACAUACUAGUAAGUGUAUUUUUGUUGUCUUUGUUGUUGUUGCUAAGUCAUUCACAUUAAUUUCCAAAAUACUUUUUUUCUAAAAAAAAACAUCAUUUUAAUUAUUUUAGACAAUAUCUUGUGUUGAAUUAGAUCAAUACAAUAAUCAAUAUUCAACAGAAACAAAUAAUCAAUAUAUAAAUCAUAUAAAAAUCAAUUCAUCAUUUCCUAUAAAUAAAUCAAUAAAAUCGAAAUCAAUCCCAAAUUUUAUUGAUUAUAAUUCAUUAAAAUAUAAGAAAAUUUUAAGAAAAUAUCAAUAUUUUAUUGAACGACAAUAUAAAUAUCAAAUAAAUAAUAAUUCUGAUCCAUUAUCAAAUAUAACACAAUUAAAAUCGAAUUCUUCUGAUUUAUUAUCAAUCAUUAAAAAUACUAAUCAUCCUCAGCAACAUCAGCAACAACAUCAUCACCAAGAACAUCAGCAACAACAUCAACAUCAUCAUCGACCAUUUCGUAAUUUAAUUAGUUCAAAUCAACAAAUUAAUAAUACAAAUAAAAUUAUUAUACAAAAUAAUUCAUUAAUUAAUCAAUAUAUUACUGAUAAUUAUCAAUCUAUCAAUAAAUCAAAUAAUAAUGGAACAAUUUUACAAUUAGCUCAUUUAUUAGAUGAAGUAUUAAAUUUAUUUAAAACACAAUUAAACAUAGAAACAACAAAACAUGAUGUUGCUGAGAAAGAGGAGAAGGAGAAGGAGAAGGAGGAGGAGGUUAGUGAUAGGGGGAUUAAUAAAAAUAAUAUUGGGAAAAUGUUAAUAAAUCAAGAAAAUGAAAAAAAUAAACAUAAUUGGAAUAAUCAUAAUGUUAUUAAUCAUUUAACCGAUAUGAUACAUGAAACAGUGGAGAAAAAUGAAAAUUUUACUUAUACUAAUGAAUUAAUUAAUUCUAGUACAAGUUCUAAUGAAGAAAAUCAUGAAUUAAUAAAUAAUAACAAUAAUAAUAAUGAUAAAUCAACAUAUUACAAUUCAAUAAAUAAAAUUUUAAAACAUCCAGAAAUUGAAAAACGAUUUCUUCAUUUAGCAAAUUUGCUACAUCAAGUAUCACAUGGAACUCAAUGAGAUUGUGUAUACCAUGACGAAUGAAAAAUAGGUUCAAUAUAAGUAUCCAAUUUGAGUGAAUACAUCAGAAAACAAUAUCUAGUUAAUUUUGUAAAUAAAUGAAAAACAACAUUGAGAAAUCUGUUAUUAUUUUUUCUUUCUUUUAUUCAUCAUAUUUCAUCAUUGUCACCAUGAUCAUUAAGAGAGCUGAUUAUUGGACAUUCUAUUUGAUCAAAGAUUUGUUUUAUAUUAUAUUGUUGUCUAGACAGUUAAAUAUAUCCACACAAACACACACACAUAUAUAUAUAUAUACAUGCAUACACAUACAAGCUUGAAUCAAGUUUUCCGAAUUAAAAGAAAACAAUAGAAUAAAGACAGCAAAUAUUGUGAUUUCUUUCCUAGACAAAAUGAUCUAAUCACGAGGGUAUUUAUAUGUUCAAUCCCUCUCCUUUUUUUUCCUUGUUAAUCUUCAUUAUUCACAUGGUUUACAUGAAUUGCCUAAAAAUACACAUGUGUGCAUGUGUGUUGUUAAUGCUAUAAGACAUGUUAUAAGACAGUUGAAUACUCAUCCCUCCUCCAUCUCCUAUGAAAACUAAUGAUAAAACCGAAUAGUUGUAAACAUUCUCUUUUCUUUUUUUUCUCCCCAACUUGUAUCCUACACUAAUUUUACAAUCUAUUGAUUAUUGUUAAUCUGAUUAUCAUUAUUCUGACUUUUGGCUUGUUUUCGUUUCGUUUUGUUUUGUUUUGUUUUAACUCCAAGUAAAUUUUUAUUUUGUGUUUUAUUACGGAAGAAUCAAAAUUACUCAUUCAGUUACAUAAUCUUCAUUUUGUUUCGUUUAAUAUUUUCUACUGGUGUUUUUAGUACGAUUCAAUAAGUGACAUACUUUUUUCUCAUACUCAAACAGAAUAAAUGAAAUGGUA